AUGGCCUUUGUUAACCAUGCACCACAGUCCCAAGAAUCGAAGAUAUGUGUUGUGAUGGUUGGUCUCCCGGCCCGAGGCAAGAGCCUCAUUGCCGGAAAGGCAAUGCGGUAUUUAGCCUGGGUUGGUAUUCCUGCAAAGGUGUUCAAUGUUGGUACCUAUCGACGAAACAACACUCCUCAGCCAGCUGCUCAGUUCUUUGAUCCUCACAACUCAGAAGGAGAGCGCAUGCGCCGAGCUGCAGCUGAAGCUGCUAUGCAGGACAUGCUUGCCUGGUUCAAAAAAGGUAAGGGUGUAGUUGCCAUCCUGGAUGCUACCAACUCUACCAAAGAACGUCGCAAGUGGAUAUACGAGUCAUGUCACGAAGCUGGCAUUGAGACUCUUUUUGUUGAGUCCAUCUGUGACGAUGAAGAUCUAAUCAUGACCAACAUUCUUGAGGUCAAGACCACUUCCCCAGAUUACCAGGGCCAGGACCCUGAGUUGGCAGCUCAAGACUUCCGCAAUCGUAUUCGCAAUUACGAGAAGGUCUAUGAGACAAUCGAUGAUCAUGAGAAAUCAUAUACAUAUGUGAAGCUGAUUAACGUCGGUUCCACUGUCAUCAUCAACCAGAUCAAGGACUAUCUCUCGUCUCGUUUGGUUUACUAUAUUCAAAACCUACACAUCAAGCCAAGAUCAAUCUGGCUGUCCCGACACGGCGAAUCUGAGUUUAAUCUCACUGGCCGGAUUGGUGGUGACUCCAACAUCUCAGAACGCGGCGAGGCAUAUGCCCGCGCUCUUCCUGAUCUCCUUCGCAAGUCUGGUGUUCCCCCCAACACAAAGAUCGUGAUCUGGACAUCCACAUUGCGUCGUACUAUCCAAUCAGCCCGCCACCUCAAGGCGGAAACCGGUUUCGAUAAACUGGAAUGGAAGGCCCUGGACGAGCUGGACUCCGGUGUCUGCGAUGGCCUGACCUACGAGCAGAUCGCCGAGCAGUACCCUGAGGACUUUGCUGCCCGCGAUGAAGAUAAGUAUAACUACCGCUACCGAGGCGGCGAGUCUUACCGAGAUGUAGUCAUUCGUCUUGAGCCGAUUAUCAUGGAGCUGGAGCGUAGUGAGAACGUCAUCAUCAUCACCCACCAGGCCGUACUUCGCUGCAUAUAUUCCUACUUUAUGAAUAUGCCCCAGGAAAAGAGCCCCUGGAUGGAGGUACCUCUUCAUACUCUCAUCAAGCUCACCCCUCGUGCUUACGGCACCAACGAGGAGCGUUUCAAAGCUGAUAUUCCCGCUGUGUCUACCUGGCGUGGCAAGGGUACAUCGGCCAAGCAUCAGGAUUUCCCGGCAGAUACCCCGGAAGCCACUAAAGGCCACUAA